UCCCUGCCAUGGCGAGCUUAAAUACCCCUCCCUGCCAUGGCGAAGCUUCCCACGACCCAACCACGCCAUGGCUCCCGGGAUGCUCCUCUGCGGCUGUCGAGGCUGGUGGCGCCGCGGCAGAGUGGUGGCGAUGAUGCUCGCCAUAGACGCCGCCUUCGCCGUGAUGAACAUCAUGAUCAAGAAGGCGCUCGACGCCGGCACCGACCGGCUCGCCCUCAUCACCUUUCGGCAACUCGUGGCCGCCGUCGUCCUGCUGCCCGUCGCCCACUUCCGCGAGAGGAAGAUGAGACCGAAGCUGACGAAGAGCAUCUGCCUGCAUCUCUUCUUCAGCGCAGCGCUCGGAGCUGCCCUGACGCAGUACCUCUUCCUCGUCGGAUUGCAGUACACGUCGGCAACCUUCGCCUGCGCCUUCGCCAACAUCCUUCCCGUUCUCACCUUCCUCAUGGCCUUGCUCUUCCGGUUGGAGACUCUGAAUCUGAAGCAGGCAGCGGGGAUCUUGAAGGCGGUCGGAGCAGUCGUGUGCGUCGCCGGCGCGUUGGUCCUCUCGCUGUACAAAGGCGCGACCUUGACGGCCGCCGGGGGGGAUAACGGCGGAGGCGGCGCCGGCGUGUCCUACAGCUCGAGGCAGCGCGCGACGGCGACCUGCACGCUGUUCGCCGCGUGCCUCUGCUACGCCUCGUGGUUCCUGGUCCAGUCCAAGGUGGGGCAGAAGUACCCCGCGAUCUACUCCGGCGCCGCCCUCACCUUCCUCAUCAGCUUCCUUCAGGCGGCGGCGCUGAGCCUAGCCCUCCAGCGCGGCUUCUCCAUGUGGCUCCUCAAGUCCAAACUAGCCAUCGCGACGGUGCUGUACUCAGGGGUGGUGGGAUCCGGCGUAGGGUUCCUGGCCAUGUCCUGGUGCGUCGAGCAACGAGGCCCUCUCUUCGCCUCCGCCUUCACUCCUCUUACCCAGAUCCUCGUCGCCGUCAUAGACACAUCGCUUCUCCACACGCAGCUUUACUUGGGAAGUGUUUUGGGAUCUGCUCUGGUGAUCGCCGGACUAUAUUUCCUCCUGUGGGGGAAGAGCAAGGACGGCGAUCAGACGCACAAGUGUGAAGCCAAUUCAAAGGAGAGCAAUGAAGAGGAGAACAAACAGCAGCAGCAGCAAACAGUGUGAUUCAGUGAGCAAAUGUAUCAUUUGAGCUGCAAUUUGUAGAGGCUCUUUGUUUAAUGUAAUGUUCUAGCCAAUCACUUUGCAUAUUCUUUUGAAUUGCAAAGGUUUAAUUAGUUAACAAGUUCUUAGACAA